AGAGAGAGAAGGAGAUUGCGUCUGUAACCAAACAGCUGUUGAGGGGGCGUUAUUCCGGAUUAGGGUUAACUCCUCUUCGCUUUCGUACGGCAGGGUCCCUUUAGGCGCCAAAACUCCGCAGAAGUGCCACUCCCCAAUCACCUCCUCCCCCUCCUCUUCCACUGUAUCGUCCAGGAAGAUAAAUGGACUGUCAAAUCCCUGUGAGCAAUGAUCGUUCAAGGACAUAUUGGACACCUACAAUGGAACGGUAUUUUAUUGAUCUUAUGAUAGAGCACAUGCACAGAGGAAACCGGAUCGGCCAUACUUUUAAUAAGCAAGCCUGGACAGACAUGCUUGCCGUAUUCAAUGCUAAAUUUGGAUCUCAAUAUGAUAAAGAUGCUCUCAAACUCCGUUAUACAAAUCUCUGGAGGCAAUUUAACGAUGUAAAGAAUCUUCUGGGUCAGAAUGGAUUCUCUUGGGAUGAAACUCGACAGAUGGUGAUUGCUGAUGACUAUGUUUGGGAUGCUUAUCUCAAGGUUCACCCAGAAGUGCGCACUUACAAGACAAAAUCAGUUCUGAACUUUAAUGACUUAUGUUUAAUUUAUGGAUAUACAUCCGCUGAUGGAAGAUACAGCCGGUCAAGCCAUGACGUGGACUUUGAUGAUGAAAUCCAGAGAGUAAAUAUGGGAGAUGGAGUGGGUAGUCACGUACUAUCAAAUAAUGAACGUCCAAGAACAGACUGGACCCCAUCAAUGGACCAGUACUUCCUUGAGCUUAUGCUGGACCAAGUAGGGAGAGGCAAUAAGUCCGGUGAUACAUUUACCAAGCAGGCAUGGACGGACAUGCUUCAUUUGUUCAAUGAAAAAUUUGGUCCUCAGUAUGGAAAGAGGGUUUUGAGGCAUAGAUACAAGAAAUUAUGGAAUUACUACUCCGAUGCCACCCUUCUUCUUCAAGAAGAUGGAUUUUCAUGGGAUAAAACACGCCAAAUGAUCACUGCUGAUGAUGAUGUAUGGAAUGCCCAUAUCAAGGCGAACCCGCAUGCACGGACAUAUAGGACCAAGGUCCUGCCCAACUAUGAUGAUCUGGUCCUAAUUUAUGGCAGUGCAUUUGACAAUGGGACUCAGAGUCGACUUGAUCAGCAAAAGAACUCUGAAGAUGACAACAUCGGAAGAAAGUCCGGGAAAGCUAGGGACAAAUCCUGUACUAGUGACCGCACAAGGACAUACUGGACACCACCUAUGGACCGCUACCUCAUUGACCUGCUACUGGACCAGGCUCUCAAAGGAAAUAAGCUUGGUCAGACGUUUAUAACACAGGCUUGGACCAUCAUGGUUGCUCAUUUUAAUGCAAAUUUUCAAUCUAACUAUGAGAAAGAUAUUCUGAAGAACCGGUACAAAUACUUGAGGAAGCAAUUCAAUGAAAUAAGAAAUAUUCUCAAACAGGAUGGCUUUUUAUGGGAUGAAGCAAGAGAAAUGAUAACAGCUGAUGACCAGUUGUGGGAUGCUUAUAUCAAGGAACACCCUGAUGCUCGAUCUUAUAGAGUAAGAACAGUCCCAAGCUAUCACAAACUGUGUGUGAUUUUUGGAGAAGAGAGUUUUGAUGGAAGAUAUAACCAUGUCACUCAUAGUACAGAUCCCAGCUGUGAAAUACCCAUCUUGAUGACCGGUGACGAGCUUAAUGAUUUGUACUCCCCAAGGAAUGAAUCUUCACUGGUAGAGUGGACAGAACAAAUGGAUCGUUAUUUUACUGACCUUUUGAUAGAGAUGACGCAUGGAGGGAAUAAGAAUGGUUCAACAUUGGAUGAUGUAGCCUGGGUUCAGAUGAUUACAUCUUUCAAUAAACAAUUCGGACUUCAAUGUGGCAGAUCUGACUUAGAAAGUCGGUAUAUCUUCUUGAUGAAGCAGUAUGAUGAGAUCAGCAAACUUCUUAGUCAUGGUGGGUUCGCAUGGGAUGAAAUGCAGAAGAUGGUAAUUGCAGAUGGUGAGGUUUGGGAAGCUUAUAUGAAGGUUGAUCCAGAUGCUUGUGCAUACAGAGAUAAAGUUUUAUGUUGCUAUGACGAUUUACGCAAGAUUUACUCUAAUAUGGUGGAUGGAAACUUCAUCGGUGAGGAUCCUGGAACAUGUGGUAUACAUGAUGCGCAAAAUCUGGAGGGAGAUGCUGGAUGUACAGAUGCUCGCUCUCCAUCAGGGAUUAUCACAUUUCUCAUCCACUGAGCAAGCCCAGGCACGCCAUCCCAUGAACCUGGUCCUGUUAGUAAACUGCAGAAAACUGAUGAGAUGCAGGGAGUUCUCUCAGGCCAUGGCAUUGAAGGUGCUACUGGGGACAAAAUUCCUAUUUCUUUGGGUCGGAGUGAGCAGAAGAGCUAUACAAUUGAAGGUGCUAUUAGUGCACUUCAGGAGAUACCGGACAUAGACGACGAUGUCCUGCUGGAUGGUUGCGAUCUUUUGGAGGACGAGAGAAAAGCCAGGACAUUCUUGGCACUCGAUGCUCCACUGCGGAAGAAAUGGUUGUUAAGAAAGCUGCGGCCAUAGUCCUCGCUCUUCAAUUUGAGUGUUACGGAUGGUUUAUGGUCCUGAACUUGGGAGAUGAAGGCAGAAAUGGUUGAGACUCAAAUUCUUUUGGAGGUGAGUUUUGUUAGGAGCAGGAUCUGGAAUGUUAAUAGAUAGGAAACUCACACUAACCAUUGCCUCCAGUUUGUAUAGAAUGAUGUUAGUCUAGGUUUGGAAGCUUAAGCUUUCUGAAGCUUUGGUUGCUCAUGAUAAUAGGUUUACUGAGAUAAGACCAGGCCAAUGGGGUAAAGAAAAA